AUUCGAAAAAAAAAAAAAAAUUGGUGACUAAUACAUUAUAUUAUAUCUUUAUUCAAAAGACAGUUUUAGCCCUAGGGUAUUUUUCUAUCGACGCAUCAACACGCCAUCUUCCUCCUCCUCCUCCUCGCCGUGGAUCUAUCUAUCUACCAGUCGUUUUAAUCAAUCAUGGUUUUCGGGUCGAUAAGAUCCAUAAUCCGACCUGUGUCAAGAGCCCUAAUUAACGCUCGAACCACCUCAUCAACCCCGUUGUACAACAAUGAGCUGCAUUCGCAUUUUGGCUCAAUUCACCAGAGCCACCUGUUUUGGAGACCUGCAUCAGCAAGGUUAAUACAGACCCUGACUGAUACCCGCUUCCCUAAGAGAAGGCCCCUUGAUAAGCCGCGAAGGAAAAGGGCUACCUUGAAGCCUUCAGGGCCUUAUGCGUGGGUUAAGCAUGUUCCUGGUGAACCAAUACCUUCAAAUCAACCAAAUGUUGGAAGUUUCAAACGUAGAAACGAAAAAAAGCGGAUAAGACUGCGCAAGGCCUUCAUAUUGGCUGAAAAGAAGAAACGAAAGGCUGAGUUGCAGGAAGCGAACAGGAAGAAGAAAAAUGCGAAGAUAGAAAGACAGAUGGCUGCUGUAGCCAGGGAUAGAGCUUGGGCUGAAAGACUGGCAGAGCUCCAGCAGAUUGAAGAAGAUAAAAAGAAUGCAGCAGCUAUGACUUAAUUUCUUCUUCCUUUUUUCAAUAAAAUGAGUAUUAGAAUUUUGAUGAACUUGUUCUUCUUAAGGACCUCCUGUAGAGUCGACGGUUUGUUUGUUGUUGAAAUUGGUGCCAAAGUUCAUUUAGUAACUUUGAUAUGAAACCUUUGCUGAUAACACUGCCUUGAAAUUUGCUGCAUUUCUAAAA